UCGAAAGCAACCGGCCUGCUUCCUGAAAGUACUGAGACUAGUGUGUUGUGUUUUUCAUUACUUUCUGAUUGAUUGAUAAAAACUACGAUGUCGAAGAACACUGUGUCCGAUCGAUUCCGAAAGGUUGAUAUAGAUGAGUACGAUGAAAACAAAUUCGUCGAUGAAGAGGACGGCGGAGAAAAUCAACAAGGUCCGGACGAAUCUGAGGUCGAUUCUCUCAUCAGACAAGGUAACCUGAUGGGGGCUUUGCAGGCAGUACUGAAGAAUCCACCCAUCAAUACCAAGAAUCAGAAUGUAAAGGACCGGGUGGAAGGCCUCGUGUUGAAAGUCCUUAGCUCUUUCAAGGCAAGCGAUAUGGAAAAGGCAGUUCAGUCUCUGGAUAAGAACGGAGUGGAUCUCCUCAUGAAGUACAUCUACAAGGGAUUUGAAAGACCCUCGGACAACAGUAGCGGUAUUCUGCUUCAGUGGCAUGAAAAGGCUCUCUCGGCAGGUGGGGUUGGCUCUAUAGUCAGAGUCCUCACAGCCAGGAAAACCUUGUAGACUUAACCAUCCCAACACCAUGGCAGGGUCAACAAAGGGACUGGCUGGCACAACCCCUUGUGGUUUGGUUUCUGCCCAUACUGCCAUACUGUGUAGGGCGUUCAGUCAACCGCCUUUUUAAACGAUCAAACAUCAUACUCUCAUUUGGAUUUAUUUCAUUGAUAACAUAAGCACCUAUGAUCUAUACAUUAAUAGAUUGGGUAUGAGAAUGUUUUUGUUGACCUCAGCAGAUAUUAAGCACAGACUUUUGGAUUUGUUCACCACUCAUGCUUGUCGCAAUUUCAUGUCUCAGCUGACCAGAUCAAACAAUGCAAUGUAAUAGCAUGACCACAUCAUUACAGAGUUAUGGUAUUACAAUGGCAUUUCCGGGUAAGGUACUUUGGAGUGUAUUGUUAAUUUUUUCCUCCUUCACCUCAUCAGCUCAAUUUUCAAAAACAUAAUAGGAGUUGCUCUCUGGAACAUGCCAUCAGUAUUCAACUGUUUGUUUCAUUUGAUCGCACAUGCUGUAUUCAUUCCCAUGAUUUCUUUCCAAAUUAGAUCCAUUACAUGCUGUUAGACAAGAGGUUGAUUGACAGCAGGGUGAUUUUUUCCCUCCGCAUUCCCUUUAGUAUUUCUUGCUACUGUUAUGAAAAAUCUGUAUUGUUUAAUUACAUAGGAUUACAUAUUAUAAAAAAGACAAAUAGAUCUUAUUAAGUUGCCACAAGCCUUUUAUUGUCACAACUGUGGUUUAAUACUGAUGUGCUUUUGUACGGUUUAGAAAACAAACAAACAAUGAUUUUUUUUAUAAAACUUUUGAGUAUUACAUUUUGUCCUCUGAAAGUUGAUCAUUUUUGAACAUAGGACAUUAUCAACAUUUUUCUCAACAUGUAGACCUCAGAUAUUGUAUCAGGUGCUGAUGAUAUAACCAUCUUAUGCGACGCACAAGUUUGUGCACUUCCCACCAAACAUACAGCAGAAAGCAGAUCAGGCUUUAACCUGCGGGUAAACAUGAGUGCGGAAUGUGCUUCCACUGUGGUUUACUUGUUUUUUGCCAUGUUUGAAGCCAUACAUAAGCAAACCAAGGAAAUGUCUUCUUGUUCAUUUUUUGUAUUGUUUGAGUUUGCAUCACACCUAUCAAUCAGUUGAUUAAGUGCAAAUUAUGAACUAGUUUACCAACUGCCUUAUAUAAUGUUUGUUUUAUAUUGUAUGGUUCAUUUGAGAAAUAAAUUAAAUGUCUUUCACA